UAGGAGGCGACGCCGGCGGAGGGAGGAGGAGGAGGUGGUGGUGGCGGUUUCCGCAGGUUAGCCGGCCGGGGCCUCGGAAGAGGAUCUUUGGACCAAGAUGGCGACAGUGACAGAAAGCAAUAUCUGUAUUGUGAAAUCCUUAGAAAAAGAAUUUGAUUUGAUAGAUUAUAGUCAGUGGGAGAGAACAGACAGACAUGGAAGGAGUCGCAGUGCACAGACUUCCUCACUUCCACCAAUCAAGUGGUCGCCAGAAGCUUUAGGAAAUCACUGGACGAUUGUGAAGAAAGAAAAGGAAAAGUCAGGUCAUCGCACACCCCAACAGCAGAAUAAGUCAGAAGGUUUAUUCCGGCCAAACACAGAUCAGCCCUAUUCAGGCAAAUGUGAUCAUCCCUGGCAGAAAAGAAUACUUCUAAAGGAUGAUGACCCCUGCUAUGUCGAAAUGCAGAAAAAAAUUGCUAUACUUAAGUAUCUAAUAACAGCAAAGAAGAAGCAAAUGGAUGAAUGCAAGGAAUAUAGCAAGACUCUCCUGGAUAUGAACAUGAAGCUGGCAAAGGAAAUGAAAGAGAUGGACGAAGUCGCCAUGAAAGAGUCCAGAAACCUCCUGGUUCAGUAUAGCAAGUUUAGGAAAGGAAUUUCUGGUGUAAGUGAAUGGAAGCGACAGGAGAUUGAAGCAGCAAAGAAUGACCUUAAGGUCACUGAAGAAAUAGUGGGACAAAAAUCUGGAGAGUUGCAUCGUCAGCUGGCGGAAAUUAACUCAAGAAUUCGGAAUGCGCAGGAAGAAAUUAACAUGCUGAAGGACUUCAGAGACAGAGAGUUUCCUGUGUAUGCUUUGAAAAUUGCGGAACUGCAGAGAGAAAUUGGGAAACUCCCAGAAAAACACCAAGCUGAGCUAGAUGAUGUGGAGCAGAUUGCACUUGAAGAAAGGAAGAAACUGCAAAAUGCAUUGAAGGAGAAAGAACAAGAGAUAUUACAGAAGAUUGCUGAGGAACAAUUCCGUUUCAUUCCUCCAGGAUUACAAGAGCUAAUGUUCCACAAUACAGUGAUGAAGAAGGAAAUAGAAGUUCACAGAGAGCUGAACAGAAAAAUGGAAAGGAACAACUUGGCUUUGCAGCAGAAACUGUUACAACUGUUAAAAGCAAAGAGGGACAGCAGAGAGGAGAUCUUCGCAGACAUUUUUAAAAAGCAGCCAAAGUGCACACCAGACAUGGAUGUUGUGUUGAACAUUCAAAGAGAAGAUUGCCUUCCCAUUUAACUCCAGGCCCUUGAGCUGUUUCAAACGUUAACCUGAUCUUUUUAUUGACACAUUCUGAUAUAUAGCAAUCCGCUGAAUGGCCUUAGCUGGAAUUGCUAUGUGUACAGCAAGAUACAGAGGAAGACUGGAUAACAAUCGUGCAGAAAUAAAACUAUUUCCAGACCUUAA